CACACCCUCUUCAGUGGUAUUUGUUCGACCUGCUUUCGAACCUUUGAGAGGACGAACGCGUGGCUCGCAGUCAGUUUAAACUUCCUCAUGCAGAGAAUGUUGAGAAACGAUAGUUUGUGCACGACGUGAUCAGGUUAGCGCGCACAAUUUUAACAGAGAAUGUUAUAAGCUAAUCGCGGUCCUAAAAAGUGAACAUCUACGUGCAAGCCCAGAGAAGGUGGUGCCAAAAAUACUUUUUUUUUUAAAGGAUUUUUCCCCCCAAGUAAUCCAACAAUCAAGCAGUCGCAUCAAGUGUCUGAGCGGCAUGUGAAUGCGGAUGUGGUCCGUCAACCGAAAUUGAAGCCUGUGUCAGAACAUGAAGCAGUUGCGGUCGUUCAGUUAAAAUUGAGCGCACUCUCAAUUUGUCAACUCAUUAUUCCACGCUGGUGUAACUCGUUUUCACGCUGAGAUAAGUAUUCGUGUACGCACAAAAAACAAGGAUCCCUUGUGUUUUGUAAAGAAACAAACCCGUCCAUCAAAUUAUGGGAAGUACGGCGACCGACACCAAGAAGAAAGAUGUUAAGAAGAAGAAUUCAAAGAAGAAAAGGACGCUUCGACUUAACAUGCCGGACCUGAGCUCUUUCGCGAUGCCCUUUCUGGAGGGGGAUACGGAAACCAGAAUCGACAAGGAUGGCAUUCGCAAGGGAGAGGCAGUGUGCCACUCUGCCAGUCCUACCAAAGGUUUCUUCAUGAGGGGGCCUUUCAGCCGGCCUUCCAGUCCCAUGUCGGCCCCCGCCCGAUCCCGGGUCAGCCCAGGUUCCCCCAAAACCAUCUUCCCAUACCCAUCGCACCAGGAUUCCCCGCCUAAAUCCCCCCGUCGAAUGAGCUUCAGUGGGAUCUUCCGCUCCUCCUCCAAAGACUCCUCUGCCUCCAACACCUCCACGUCAACCUCCCCUGUCAGUAUCAAGUUCUUCUCCCGAACCAGAAAAGCCUCCACCGGGAUCUGCUCGCCGCCUUCCACCCCGAUGCAAGCAGUGAAGCAGCCUCCCUUCCCGCUGGAGGCGUACAGGAAUGAGCCAGAACGCCCGGAGGCCCGCAUGCGCUCCUUCUCCUCGCCACCGGACACCGGCCAGCGCUUCUCCCUGCCCUCCGCCAGGCCCCCGGUGGCUUACUCCACCCCUGUCACUGCUUCGCCCCCUGUCCACGGUUUAGCUGAAGGUAUGCUGGAGAAGCUUGAGCUAGACGACGAAGCUGCUGAAGAAUCAGAGAGUGACAUUUACAUGCGCUUUAUGAAGUCUCACAAGUGCUACGACAUCGUUCCAACCAGUUCCAAACUUGUGGUCUUCGACACAACAUUGCAAGUUAAGAAGGCGUUCUUCGCUCUGGUGGCCAAUGGAGUCCGAGCUGCUCCACUGUGGGAGACCAAGAAGCAGAGCUUUGUGGGAAUGUUAACAAUCACAGACUUCAUCAACAUAUUACACAGAUACUACAAGUCACCCAUGGUUCAAAUCUACGAGCUAGAGGAACACAAGAUUGAGACAUGGAGAGAGCUAUACCUGCAAGAAACAUUUAAGCCUUUAGUGAACAUAUCCCCCGAUGCAAGCAUAUUCGAUGCGGUGUACUCGCUGAUCAAAAACAAGAUUCACCGGCUGCCGGUCAUCGACCCGGUCACUGGAAACGCACUUUACAUCCUCACGCACAAGAGGAUCCUCAAGUUUCUCCAGCUUUUCGUGUGCGAGAUGCCAAAGCCCGCCUUCAUGAAGCAGACCCUGGAGGAGCUGGGGAUUGGAACCUACAGCGACAUUGCCUUCAUCCACCCCGAUACGCCCAUCAUCAAAGCACUCAGCAUCUUUGUGGACAGGAGGGUGUCUGCCCUGCCCGUGGUGGACGAAUCAGGGAAGGUCGUGGAUAUUUAUUCCAAAUUUGAUGUCAUAAACCUUGCUGCUGAAAAGACCUACAAUAACCUGGACAUCACGGUGACGCAGGCCCUGAGGCACCGCUGUCAGUACUUUGAGGGAGUUAUGAAGUGCAACAGGCUGGAGACGCUGGAGACCAUCGUGGACAGGAUAGUCAAAGCGGAGGUCCACAGGCUGGUGGUGGUGGAUGAGAACGCCUGCAUCGUGGGAAUCGUCUCCCUGUCGGACAUCCUGCAGUCUUUGGUGCUCACACCAGCAGGUGCCAACCGGAAGGAGAGCGAGGCAGAGUGAAGAGACGGCUGUGAUCUGCGACGUGAUGCUGCUGUGUGGGUGGGGGGAGCUGAAGUGUAAAGUGGACGGGGCCUGGGCUGGAACGGCACCUGUGAUUGGCUGUCUGAUAACUGAUCUCGGGGUCCUGAAGUGUGUACUGUGAUGAGGGACAAGAAGUGACGGGCGAGAGGGGUCA